UUAGGAGUGGUAAGUUUGUAAUGAUUUUGUGUAAAGUAGAAUUUUCUUACAGUCGUACUUUUUUAAGAACUUCUCGUGAAGAAGCCAACACCAUGUCUUCUGGCAUGGAGACUCUGGGAGUGGAACUUCGAGUCAUGUUACAGAAAGCCCGAACUUGGCUGAGAGAUAACCAGCUGGUGCUGAGUUGGAUAGAAAUGUGUCAAGAGCACCCGGUUUUGUCACUGUGUGUCACAGUUGCUGCAAGUCUGUGUUCGAUCCCUCUGAUAGCUUUCGCAACUUUUAUUCUUGGAGUGAUGUUAGCGUUGCUGUUUGCUUUCUUAUUCAUUGAAGGGACUCUCUUGACUGCUGGGUUUGUGCUCUUCUGUGGCGUACUCCUGGUCAUUGGUGCAGCUGUUGUCAGUAUUGGAGCUUCUGCAUUAGCUACCCUCACAAUGUGUAAGAAGCUACACAACAUGAUGUUUGGAAUAAAGAACGUAUUUGAAGAUACGCCUGCACGUUCCACUCCCGAUAGUUGUCAGGGAUCUGUGGAAAAGGACUACGAAGUCGUAAAGUAACGUGUGAGGGCUACUGAACACAUUAUGAAUCUUUACUGACAAAAAUGUUGCUUAACUAAACAUAUUUUAAAUGCCACUUGUCAGAGUUCUUUUAGUUACGAAGUAAUUAAUAAAAGGUUUAAAAGUGUAAGAUACUAACAUUUACACUGAGUGUUAUUAGGGUAAUCCUUACUGGAUACAAACUAAAACUAUUGUAUUUAAUAUUUGAAAUUUUUUAACUAUUGAUUAUCCUGGCAACUUUACUUUGUGCAUGUAAAUGGUUUU